CGAUUGUAUGUUCUACACAACAUCCUCCAGUUCUCCCACACUGACCUGUAACGUUAACACACGAUAUCCCCGGCGAUCGUUGAAAUGCGGCCCACGUUCACAGGAGAACUAUUUACUUAGAUUAAAGUAAUGUGCUCUUAGUCUCUUAGUUACUAGCUAUCAGCAAGAGCUCGUUUUAUUUGAAAUUAAUACUUUUAACCGUAUUUUUUAAUAUAUUACUUAAGUUUUUUAUUAUUAUAACGAACCGAAAUAAUUAUAAAUAUUUAUACUUAAACAUAUUCUAGUGAGCUUCAACAUUUUGAUUAAACAGCCUACAGAUCAUCACUUCUUAGUGGCCUUUAAGCAUAAUGGCAUUUGCAGCAGGUCAAAAUUCCAGACUUCUGGAUAUGCAAAGAAAAUUCCAACAAAAACAUUUAACAGAAAGCAAAAAAAAUACAAUACAGUCUCCGUCAAUAAGUAUAAAAGAGAAGAUACAAAUAAAAGUUCCUGAAAAACAUGUGACUGUUUCACACGAAAAUUUGAAGAUAGACUUUAGUGUUAAAGGAAAGGUAACUGCUAUUAAAACAACAUCUAAAAUACUACCACCGACUAUUAGAGGAGCUGAAAAUAAACCUGUUCUAGGUGCUCAAAAUGGAAAGAAAGACUGUGAUAUUUAUACUAAAUCGGUUGGCGAAAAAAAAAUUGUAAAUAAAAAAUCACCUCCUCAAAAACUAACGGUUAAACCCACAGAGCAAACUAAACUGCCUUCACUCAAUAACAAUAAACGAAAUAUAAAAGUUUCUACGAUAAAAACUGAAGUAAAAUCACCACCGAAACCUCCACCUAGGGCUAAUAAAGAGACACCUAAAAUUAUUACGUCUAUUAAACCAUUAGCGAACAGACCCAUUGCACCUGGAAUGGAAAGAUGUCCCUAUUGUUCCAGAGAUUUUAAUUCUGAGCGAAUAGAGAAACAUAAGACGGUUUGUUUACAAACGCAAAAAAAAAAAAGAAAAGUUUUUGAUAUGACUAAACAACGACUAGAAGGUACUGAUGCUAAGGAAUUCAUAAACAGUGCAAAAUCUAAGGCUUCUGUUCCAAAGAAAAAGAAUAAUUGGAGACAGAAACAUGAAGAAUUUGUCGCCAACAUCAGAAAUGCAAGGAUGGCACAACAACAUUUAGCUAAGGGUGGAAAUUUGGCCGACCUACCUCCACCACCCCCUCUUGAUACAUCGGAUUUAAUUCCUUGUCCUCAUUGUGGUCGCAAGUUCAAUGAUAACGCUGCUGCUCGACACAUACCAUUAUGCUUAGAGCGACAAAAAAAAAAACCAAUAGUAAAACAAUCAGUGAAACGCUUUUGAUUGCCAUACACUUAAAUAACUUGUACAUAAAAAAAUUAUAUAUAUUUUUACUUAAAUUUAUUUUUGAAUUUUUUUAAUAUGUGUUUGAUUUAAACAAAAUCCUAUGAUAAUUUUUAUUUUUUUAAUACUUCAUUUUUGACUAUCUAUUAAUAAUAAAAUUCUAUAUAAUUUAAUUUUGUGUGAUGUAAUUAGAAAAUGUAACCAUCUCAUGUAUAAAUAAAUAAAUAAGUUUAUACUUCAUAA